GGAAGGGCGACCCAAGCUCUCCCUACGCCGCUUUUUCUCAGCCAUGGGUCUGAACAGCAUGGGAAAAAUGGUGAAGGGCAGCCGGUCCAGCAGCAUGGAGCACCUCUCGCUCUCCUCAGCCAGAGCUUCUCCAAGCCCAACUCACAAAGGCCAAACUCUGUUGCAGAGAACGCCCUCUCUACAGGCCCUCCAUACUGAGUCUCCUCUUGCUCAGUUGCGUAAAGCUUCUUCUGUACAGAGCCUGCAGUCUCCAAAGAAGAAAUAUGAGCGCUCAACUGUCCUCGGAGAGCUUCAUUUGCCUCUUAUUCUGGGACCCAGGGAUCUUCAUGUUAAAAAAGGAAUGGAAAACUUAGACGCAGCUCAAAUUUCAGGGCCAAUGGGACGAAUUAUCCAGACUUUUCCUGAUAGCUCUUUGUUGUUAGAGCUCACUAGACCACUCAAUGCACCAUUCGGCUUUGUCAUCUCUAGAGGAAAAGGUCGACCGGACUCAGGAAUAUAUGUAGAACAAGUGGGAGGCAGCGUCACGGAGAACAUCUACACCAGCCUUCUGGGAGUAGGGGAUGAAAUCCUCGAGGUAAACGGAGAGAAGGUGACUGGACUGAGCCUCGAUCAGGUCACCUGUCUGAUGACCCGCGAGAGUACGGCUACUGUCCGGAUCCUUCCACAUCGCUGGAUUCAGCACUGAACUGAAAAUCCAAUACCAGCUACUAUUUUUACAUUUUUAUGGAUGGAAUGUGCACCAAGUCCAUGUUUAUGCUGUUACUAUAGAAAAAAUAAUUGCUGUCCAAUCCAAAUAAAUCACCACCUUAUGACCAAACAGAUCUGAGUAUUCAGCAGUGUAAAAAGAUAACAUAGCUAAUGAGGCUUGAAAUGCAUUAAGGCUAAUACAAGUAUAUACCUCGGCUACCAAUCUUAAGCUCUUGUGAACAUUCAGUAUUAAUUAGCGUUAGAGGGCAUUUGAUUUAGAAUUAGGGUUCUCUGUGUAUUGGUUAGUUUUCUUUCUGCUGUAGUCCUUUCUGCUCUAAGGAGAUUCUAUUGUUUAUGUCUAUACAGUUUUACCUCAGCAAUGACGCU